AUGUUCUCGAAACGAUCCCCUGCGACAUCCCCACGACACCUCUCCCCACUCCCAGCUUCGGGCACCGCAUCGCGCGAUCGUUCACCCGCGCGGUCUCGGACCAACUCGCUCGUGACAGCCACCUCGUAUGGCUACUCGGCGCCUCCGCCUCGAGCGGUCCAGUCAGAUGAGGCACUCAAGACUGCAAAAGUCCUCGAGGGGGUCCUGGGGGCUUGGAAUGAGUACCGGCUCGCGGUCAUUCAGGAGGGCAGAGCAAGGAGGAGGUUAGCGGGCCUCAUGAAGGAUCUCAGUGGGCGGAUGGAGAGGGAAGGAGUCGGGUAUAAAGCCGUCAAGCCCGCAUAUCUCACUAUCGACGCCCUUUCCGAUCUCACUAUAGCCCACUCAAAGCGGCUCGAGACUACCUACGACCAAGUCAAUACCGAAGCCAGCAGGUAUUUCCAGAACCUUGCCAGGCAGGUGAGGGAGCACGAGGCGUAUCUGGCGAAUGAGGGCAAGAGGGCGGAAAAGUCCGAGAAGGCAUAUAGGAAGGCGUCAAAGGUGAUGACGGAUGGAGCGAUACAGGGGUCAGGGCUGGAAGGGAUGAAGGAUGCGUUGAAGCUCGAAGUGGACGGGGCUGUCGAGUAUCAUGCCAACUUGCUGGGUGAUGCACAAACGGCCAUUCUAUCCAAAGUCGCCUCUGGUCUAGCGGGCGUCAUCUCUCCCUCAGUCGGGUACCAUUCCGAAGGGCUGAAGAUCUCAGUCGAGCGGCUGGGAGAAGUGGAGUACUUCAGGGCUCUCGCGGCAGCUCAAUGGCGCGAUCUCGCCCUCCCAGAAUCGUACCAAGCCACGGCACCUACCAUAUCAUCGCAAGACACCCAGACUUCUACCCGGCCCAUUACGAUACCUACACCUAGCGAGAAGAGCCAGCAGUCUCAGCAAGACCUCAGGCUGCCGCCCGCACCUGUCAGACCGAGACUAAGCCCCGCUUAUGCUUCCUCGCAGUCCAGCUUGGCGCCCGAGAUUCGUAGCAGAAACUCACUACCUCCGCCGCCGAUGUACGCGUCAUCCAUGUCUGUCCCGCGAGCAUCGUCCCUUAUGUACCCCUCUUCCGCCUCGACUCUGUCCCCGAGCCCAAACCCCUCUCCCCACCUGCCCUACGCCCAGCCCAGACGCCGGGUCUCCGAGAUCGCCGCAUCGCUUGAGUCGCUCGCUAAGGCUGCAACUCCCUCUCCUGCCGCAGCUCGGCCACCCGCAUCCCGUCGGGUCUCAAUGCCCCCUCAGAUCGGCGGUGGGAUAGGCGGACCUCGACCUCGACCAGAACGCCAUGCGACCGCACUCCCGCUCGCGUCCGUUCAGCAUCUUGUGUCCAGCACCGCACCCGGUGCCCCAGCCUCCACCACCUCCUCUCGCCAGUCCUCAUCGAUCCUUUCCCCCUUCUCCCCGACUUCCACCUCAUCAGCUACUACCUCACAUACAGAGACCGGAACAAAUCUGGCGCCGCAUGGAGCAUUGCGCGGGCGGAAGCUCUCGUUCGGGAGGGACAUGCUGGGGUCGUUUCCGUGGGGACAGACGAGUGCAUUGGGGGAUGGAGGGGAUAAUGAGGGUGUGGGAGUGCUUCAUCCAAGUCCGAGAAGGGUGCCCAGCCUAAGUCCUGAGCUGAGGGGGAUGAUGAUGGGCUAA